UCUUCUCCCAGCUGACUAACAGCUCUUGUUUACUGGUUGGAUACUGGUCAGAAAAGGAGGGGGGAGAGACUUUGGAAGAACUAGUGUCAUAUAUGUGCGUGGAUAGAAUUUGGGGGAGAAAUCUCCUUUUCUGCAAACUUUCUUUUUUGUUUGUUUCUUUUUCUGUAUGAUCUCCGAAGACGAAGAAAAAAACCCAACAACAACAACAACAAAAGAAGAAGAUGAUCUGGAGCUGAGGGGUUUUUUUUUUCUGUCUCUCAAGUACUGAUUCUUUCUCAUCAAUGAGGUUUUGUUUUUCCCCGGUGGGGUGAAGACAUUUUUAAGCGAUCAUACACACGCUGGGCCCCGUAGGAGAAUUCCCGCAUGCGUUUCGGAGCAUUGGCCAGCGCUACCUUGUUGAUCAUUUCAGAAGCCACACUUGUUUGUCUGGAGGGAAACGUCCUUCUCUCUUACACCCCUUGCUGAAUUUUGGGGUGGAAGAAGAAAACUAACAAUAAUCUAAAAAGAAAACAAAAAAAGACCCGGAGUUUUUCCCGCCCCCUUUUCCUGCUGCAAAAUUCAGGAAGUUGUUUUGUGACAUAUUGUGGAUUACUUUGGAGGAUUUGCUAUAAAUAAUUUCCUGCGCUCGAUGAGAAGGAAAUACGGGGGUAAAAAAAAAAACCCCUAAAUUGGCUCAGAGGUUACAGAUCCUUUUAUAACCGGCGCCCCUGUGAGGGACGACAAGAUCUGACACUUACAGAGUUCUGCUUAUUGAUAAAAACGAAGGCACUUUGAAGAUUCCGUGUUCCGGCAAAUCGCUCGCGACCAACGAGGGUUUCCCCGCUCUAGCAAGAGAGCGUGCUGUUUUUCCUCCCUCCUUAUCAAAUUCGGACGUUAUUUCCCAAUCGAAGCUGCUUCUAUAAAUCAUCAUGCUGCCUCCAUUCGUGAGCUGUCAGGAUCAUAUCGUUAAAUAGGACUUACCAGGGGGUUUAUUUAUUAGUUCUAGCUGGGGGGAGGGAGGUCGUUUGCCCCCUCAUUCUUUGGAAAAUACCCCCUGCUCUCUCCUUCUGCUGGGAGCCCCUUUCAGGAUACGAGUAGCCGGAGAGAAGGGAUUGCCAUGGGACAGAGUGUGAUGGGGGGUGAGGGGUACCCCAAUAAUAACCCCACUCUCAAAGUGGGCUGGAAGACCCUACUGGGAGUCCUCGCUAUUCUGAGUAUGGUUUUCUGCGGCCAGAGCAAUGGAAAAAUUUGCCACAGUAUGGAUAUCCGGAAUAAUCUGACUGAUCUCAAUGCACUAGAGGACUGCACAGUCAUUGAGGGCCAUCUCCAGAUCUUACUGAUGUUCAACACAAAACCAGAGAACUUCAGAGACUUGAGUUUCCCUAAACUUACCAUGAUAACCGACUACCUCCUACUUUUCCGCGUCUAUGGUCUAGAGAGCCUGAAGGACCUAUUUCCCAACCUCAUGGUCAUUCGUGGUACACGCCUCUUCUUCAACUAUGCCCUGGUUAUCUUUGAGAUGGUUCACAUGAAGGAGAUCGGGCUAUAUAACCUUGUGAACAUCAUAAGAGGCUCUGUGAGGAUUGAAAAGAACAAUGAGUUGUGUUACUUGGCCACUAUUGAUUGGUCAAGAAUUUUGGACUCUGUAGAAGACAACUACAUCAACCUCAACAAAGACAGUAAAGAGUGUGGCGAUGUGUGUCCAGGCACUGGGAAGGGCACAGGAAAGUGCCCAUCUACUGUGGUCAAUGGAAUGUUUUUUGAGCGCUGUUGGACACCGGACCACUGCCAAAAGGUGUGCCCUUCUGAUUGUAAGUGGCAUGGUUGCACAGCAGAUAGAAAGUGCUGUCACAGCGAGUGCCUGGGGGGCUGCAGCAAAGCCAACGACCCAUCCAAGUGCUCCGCAUGCAGGCACUACCUGCACGAAGGUGUGUGUAUGGAGACCUGCCCCCCUGGCUCCUACCGAUUUCAGGGCUGGCGCUGUGUGACAUUCGAGUACUGCCAGCAGUUACGCAACAAGUGCUUUAAUACCCGGGACAGCUCUUGCCCUCUGUAUGUCAUCCACAAAGGGGAGUGCAUCUCUGAGUGCCCAUCCGGGUACAUGUCCAACUCCAGCAGCCUAACCUGUACACCUUGUGCUGGUCCAUGUCCCAAGGUGUGUCCCAUCUUCCAUGAAGUGAAGACCAUCGACUCUGUGACAUCUGCCCAGGAGCUGAGGGGGUGCACAGUGAUUAAUGGAAGUCUUAUUAUCAAUAUUCGUGGAGGAAAUAACAUUGCUGCUGAGCUAGAAGCUAAUCUGGGACUCAUUGAGGAGAUCACAGGAUUCCUGAAAAUCCGACGCUCAUAUGCACUCGUGUCCUUGUCAUUCUUCCGUAAACUGCAUAUAAUACGAGGAAUGAGAUUGGAAGGCGGGAGUUAUGCCUUCUACGCCCUGGAUAAUCCCAACCUGCGCCAGCUGUGGGACUGGACCAAGCACAACCUAACAAUUGUUCAUGGAAAACUCUUCUUCCAUUACAACCCUAGACUGUGCCUGAAUGAAAUCCACCUCAUGGAAAACAUCUCUGGAACUAUAGGCCGGCAAGAUAAAACGGACAUUGCCACUAAGACCAACGGAGACCAGGCAUCUUGUGAAAAUGAUGUUCUUCACUUCAACUAUAUAAAAACAUUACAUGAUAAGGUUUUGAUAAAGUGGGAUGCAUACUGGCCCCCAGACUUCAGAGACUUGCUGGGGUUCAUGUUGCACUACAAGGAAGCUCCGUACCAGAAUGUGACAGAGUUUGACGGUCAGGAUGCCUGCGGCUCCAAUAGCUGGACAGUGGUGGAUGUUGAUCCCCCUACGCGCAGCACAGACGGCAAAACACCGUCAUCGCCAGGAUGGCUACUGCGUGGUCUGAAUCCAUGGACUCAAUAUGCAGUGUUUGUAAAGACUCUUGUUUCUAGCUCCGAUGAGAGGAGAACUUAUGGUGCAAAGAGUGAUAUCAUCUAUAUCCGGACUAAUGAAACUACCCCCUCUGUCCCUCUGGAUCCCUUUUCUGUGUCCAACUCAUCGUCGGAAAUCAUACUGAGAUGGAAACCUCCGUCUGAACCCAACGGCAAUGUCACCCACUACUUGGUAUAUUGGCAGGAGCAGCCGGAGGAUAGUGAGCUGUAUGAGCUGGAUUACUGUCAUAAGGGACUAAAGAUACCCUCCAGAACCUGGUCACCACCCCAGGAAAGUGAUGAAUCUGCUAAACCUAAUGGAACGGAUACAGAAGAGACAAGCUCUGUUUGCUGUUCGUGCCCUAAAAGUGACUCCCAGAUUCAAAAUGAACAGCGUGAAUUGGCCUUUCGGAAAACCUUUGAAAAUUAUCUACACAAUGAGGUCUUUAUUCCAAGACCUUCCAGGAAACGCCGUGACUUGUUUGGUGUUGCCAAUGCAACAGCUUCAGAAGAAGUGACACCCUCUCCUCCUUCCAAUGUUUCCUCUACCCGGAGCCCAGAAGAUGUGGAAACCAAGAAGUAUUCACAGAAGGUUUGGUUCAAAGAGUCACUGGUGAUUUCCGGAUUAAAGCAUUUUACUGCCUACCGCAUAGAGAUCCAUGCCUGCAACCACGAACUUUCCAUGGGCUGUAGUGUGGCAGCUUAUGUUAGCGCCAGGACAAUGCCAGAACCUAAAGCGGACAACAUUGUCAGCCCCAUAACUUAUGAGUACACAGAGCCCAACAUCCAUUUGAUGUGGCAGGAGCCAAAAGAGCCUAAUGGACUGACCAUCUUGUAUGAAUUGCAUUAUUCCAGGCUUGGAGACACAGAGGAGAUGACUGCAUGCGUGUCUCAAAAGCAGUACAGUGUGGAUAAAGGGAUAAAGUUACGAGUAACUAUCCCGGGUAACUACAGCGUAAAGAUUCGGGCCACUUCCCUUGCUGGGAAUGGGUCCUGGACAGAGCCAACCUAUUUCCAAGUGCCAGACAAUGCACAUUCUACAACCAGCAUCCUGAAAAUCGUCAUUGGUCCAGUUGUCAUUAUUGUCAUCAUCCUUAUAAUACUGGCAUUUUACGUUGUUCAAAAAAGGAAAGAUGCAGAAGGACCAACAGGACCAUUAUAUGCUUCCUCUAACCCGGAAUAUCUGAGUGCUAGCGAAGUGUACGUACCUGACGAGUGGGAAGUGCCACGUGAAAAGAUUACCUUGCUUCAAGAGUUGGGACAGGGCUCUUUUGGGAUGGUGUACGAGGGAAUCGCCAGGGACAUCAUUAAAGGAGAGCCAGAAAUGCAUGUGGCUGUAAAAACUGUGAACGAAUCUGCAAGCCUACGGGAAAGAAUAGAAUUUUUGAAUGAGGCCUCGGUCAUGAAGGCUUUCACCUGCCACCACGUGGUCCGUCUCUUGGGUGUUGUGUCCAAGGGUCAGCCGACCCUUGUUGUUAUGGAACUGAUGGGACAUGGGGACCUUAAAAGUUACCUGCGCUCGCUACGUCCAGAGGCAGAGAACAACCCUGGCCGUCCUGCUCCCACCCUCCAGGAAAUGAUCCAGAUGGCAGCAGAGAUUUCAGAUGGCAUGGCAUAUCUCAAUGCCAAAAAGUUUGUGCACAGGGACUUGGCUGCCCGAAACUGUAUGGUGGGAGAGGAUUACACAGUUAAAAUCGGGGAUUUUGGAAUGACCCGUGAUAUCUAUGAGACAGACUACUACAGGAAAGGAGGAAAGGGGUUGCUACCAGUCAGAUGGAUGUCCCCCGAAUCCCUGAAGGACGGGGUCUUUACUACCUUCUCAGAUGUUUGGUCAUUUGGGGUGGUGCUGUGGGAGAUCACAAGCUUAGCUGAACAGCCUUAUCAGGGCCUGUCUAAUGAGCAGGUCCUCAAAUUUGUCAUGGAUGGAGGGUCCCUUGAACAGCCAGAAAACUGUCCCCCCAGACUGCACCGUCUGAUGCAGAUGUGUUGGCAAUACAACCCCAAGAUGAGGCCUACCUUCCUGGAGAUCAUUGACAUGCUCAAGGAUGAUCUCCAUCCUAGUUAUCGGGAGGUUUCCUUCUACUACAGUGAAGAAAACAAGCCACCAGAGGCAGAUGAUCUGGAGAUCGAUUUUGAGAACAUGGAGAGCACUCCUCUUGACCCAUCCUCCUGCUCUCUAAGGGAUGAAGGACCUCGAAGCAACCUCUAUGAGGAACACAUCCCAUACACGCACAUGAAUGGUGGUAGAAAAAAUGGACGUAUCCUGUCUUUGCCCCGUUCCAGCCCAUCCUAACACUUACAGCUUUCUUUGAAAAUAUAAAUACCCUCCGACAAAUCUCAGGACAGAACACCACCCAUGGCUAUGACAUCAUAACACAAAUGCCGCAUUUCAGGUUUAUAUUGCAUCAUUAAUCCAUUGAGUUCUCUUUUUUUUUUUUCUUUUUUUAUUCUUUUUUUUUCUUUUUCUAUUUUGAUAGGUGGAUUAUAGGGCAAAACUGUGAAUAGAUGGAGGGGGAGCGGACUCCCUUCACACGCCUACACUAAAAAAAAAAAAACCUACUUAUUGGCCCCUCACAGGCAAGUGAAUAUAUAAAAUGAAUACACUUCGUGAAAUUAUAAAUACAUGGAUUACCUUAAAGCACACAUCAAAAUGAUAACUGAAGUUGACAAAAUAGAAUUUUGGAGUUUAAGACUUUCCUAAUGGCUCUAAUGGAUUAUGGUGUUAUAAUUGGAGGACCUCAGUCACAGAGCUCCAAUGCUGCUGCUGCUGCUGCUUCCAGAAACAAUCAAGAAAA